UACUAUCGAUAGUGCCAUCGAUAGUUUUGCACCUCUAGUGCUGAUGGUGAAAUGAGCGAAUACGUCAAUUAGUUAAUUUGUUAUAAAUUUUCAAAUUAUGUUCGGGUGUUCACGAAUUCUUCUAAACAAAAAUGGAAUUUUCACUGCUGCUUGCCGGAGUGCAUUAUACCGACGUAACCAUUUACUUAACAUCCGAUUUCAAAAGGACAUUAAUUUAAAUACGAGUAUUUGGAGUAUUCGCUGCAAUAGCACACAGAGGAGGGGUGAAAAAAUUAUUGGAGCUUGGUUGCUUGGUUGUAGUGGUAUGGUGUAUGUCGCAGUGGCUCUAGGUGGCGUAACUAGGCUAACUGAGUCAGGCUUAUCGAUGGUGAACUGGAAAUUGCUUGGCGAAAAAAAGCCAUCAAACUUGGAUGAAUGGAAAGCUGAAUUCCAUAAAUACCAGCAAUUCCCUGAAUUCAAGAUGAAAAAUAGGUCAAUGACUUUAGAAGAGUUCAAAUUUAUAUAUAUGAUGGAAUAUAUACAUAGAAUGUGGGGACGCGGGAUUGGCGCUGUUUUUGCUAUUCCAGCUAUUUAUUUUUGGAGACGGGGAUAUUUUACCAAUGCAACUAAAAAAUAUAUUUUAGUACUUGGAGCACUUAUUGGCCUGCAAGGCCUUAUGGGUUGGUUUAUGGUCAAAUCUGGGCUUGAGGACAAAUUUCAGGACAUAAACGAUGUACCUAGAGUGUCACAAUAUCGAUUGGCUUCACAUCUGGGCGUCGCAUUUAUCAUAUAUAGUUUAUUUUUGUCAUCAGGUUUGAGAAAAUUUAUGCCACCUGCGAAUAUUGUCACGUCUUCAAAAAACGUUUUUCGUUUGAAAAACUUAGCUUAUGUGACUAAGGGACUUGUAUUUCUUACGGCGAUAUCUGGAGCUUUCGUUGCGGGUCUAGAUGCUGGAUUAGUAUACAAUUCCUUUCCAAAAAUGGCUGAUAAGUGGAUUCCUGACGACAUUCUAUCAUUUGAACCUGUGCAAAGGAAUUUCACGGAGAAUCCGACAACAGUCCAAUUUGAUCACAGGAUAUUGGGAAUAACUACUGUUGUGGCAGUUUCCUUACUAUGGAUGUAUUCAAAGAGAUGUAUUUUGCCAAAACGUGCUCGUUACGCUGUAAAUACCACGAUGGCUAUGGCUUGGUUGCAAGCAACUUUAGGUGUAACCACGUUGUUAAAUCACGUUCCUGCUCCUCUCGCUACAGCUCAUCAGUCCGGUUCCCUUCUGUUGUUGUCUCUUGCUCUUUGGCUAAGCCAGGAAUUGCGUUUAUUAAAGUAUAUUCCUAAAUAAAAUACGGAAAAUAUGUUAAGAAGUAUAAAUACGUACUUUAAUGUUUUUAUAUAGUUAAUGUAUUUGACAACAUUGUGUCGGUAACGUCGGCAAUAGUACGGUGCUCCUUCCCAAAGCGAUGUUGGUCCAUUCGCUAUGCUCCCAGGAAUGGAACUUUUUGUGUACAUAAGGUUGCAAGUCACUCAAAAUCUUGAGGAGUGCAAGAAAGCUAUAAAAUAUAAAAUGAUAGUUUGAAAUAGCGAAAGAGAAAACAGUAUUUUGCAUACUGUAUUUAUAUGUGAUUGCUGCGAUCGCGUAAAAUUGUUCGCCUCACUUUUUCAUUUGUUUGCUGCUCAUUAUUGGGCAAAACAUCUAAUAAAACAAUUGAACAGUUACCUACUAGCUCUCUCAGUGAACGGUUGCAUUUUUUGAUUUUUCUCUUGUGUUUCCCGCUAUCUUAUAAACGUUAUAGACUUUGUGUAAAACAGUUAUAUUACGGUUACGGUUACAGUUAUUUUCUUCAUUCAACUGACUUUAUAUAUUUUUUGUUUAAAAAUAAAGAUUAAAACCAAGUGCGUAAAUACA